AGCAUUCGUUUCAGCAGUAGUUUGUUUUAAAGUCACGCAGAGCAUUUGGAGAAUAAAAUAAUCCACAAUAUUUCUUCCAGCUUUGACGAGAAUUAUGAGUAAUUUAGGAAUGGAAAGAUCUUAUUUGUAUCAUCUGGAACGAUGUUGAAUUCCGACGUGGAGUGCAAAUGGCCUCCGUACUACACUGAAACGCUAACUAUUGCAUGUGUUUACGUAUAAAUGACUGAGUUUAGCACAUCGCGGAAACGAAAAAAUUAGUUGCAAUCAAAUCGAAAUUUGAAAUGAUCGAAAGUAGCGACGACUAUCGACUUUGAAUUAAUUUAUGAACUGGAUUUGAUCAAACACGAAGCCUAAUCCCAAUCAGCCGAGACAGACGUUGAAGAACUUCACGCGACGUCAGAGGGAGGAAAGGUUCGGCUACUACUACCAUUCGACCAGAACAUUAAGGAGUCUUCUCAGUCAUGGAUGACGGGGAGCUUCCGGAGGUGGACCCAGAGCAGAUGCUCGUGCUGAAGCGAGCAUUCGACAGCUUCGACCAGGAGAAGCGUGGUGCAAUCUCCACAGAAAUCGUGGCUACCAUCCUUAAAAUGAUGGGUCAGACCGUCAACAGACAGAUCCUCAAGCAGGUCAUAGAAGAGGUCGACGUGGAUGGGUCUGGCGAAUUGGAGUUCAACGAAUUCGUUCUUCUGGCGACAAAAUUUAUGAAUGAAGAAGACGAGGAGGAGAUGAAGAAAGAAUUAAAAGAAGCCUUCAGAUUAUACGACAAAAACGGUGAGGGCUUCAUCCCCACGGCGGUGCUGCGGGAGAUCCUCAAGGAGCUGGACGAUAAGCUCACGGACGAGGAGCUCGACGGGAUGGUCGAGGAAAUCGACGCCGACGGCUCAGGCACCGUAGACUUCGACGAGUUCAUGGAUAUGAUGACUGGCGAGUGACCGACACAGAUGCGUGCCCCAGCUACAAAUAAUAAACGAUGUUGUGCUUGAUAAAGUACAGCGUUCCUACAGUAGCACAGUCCUGGAUCUGCAGGCUUUACAAGUAUUACCAAGAACCAGUAUUCUUACGCAAUAAAACAUGUUUCUUUACACACAGUCCCUGGAUUAAUCACAGCGAACCGGUAUCCUUACGCGAUCAACAAUGUUUCUUAUCACGAUCUUUGAAUAUGUCAUAAAGAACCAGUAAUCUUACGCGAUAAACCAUGUUUCUUCACACACAGUCCAAGGAUUUAUCACAGCGAACCGGCUUUCUUACGCGAUCAACAAUGUUUCUUGUCACGGUCUUUGAAUGUGUCAUUGAGAACCAGUAAUCUUACGCGAUCAACAAUGUUUCUUAUCACGGUCUUUGAAUGUGUCAUUGAGAACCAGUAAUCUUACACGAUCAACAAUGUUUCUUAUCACGGUCUUUGAAUGUGUCAUUGAGAAACGGUAAUCUUACACGAUCAACAAUGUUUCUUAUCAAGGUAUUUGAAUGUGUCAUUGAGAACCAGUAAUCUUGUCGUUGUAUUUAUCAUUGAGAAAUAGUGGUAAAGAUUUCAGAGCAUCAAUUUUUUCAGAGUUAUCAAGUUUACAUUAAUAACGUAUGAUUACUAAAAUAUAUCAAACAUAAUUGCAUGGCAGUAGGAUUGGCUGAAAAAAUUUUGUAGUAGAAGUAAUUGGAAUUGCCGGCCGAUUGGAAAAUUUUUGAAAGUUUGGUAUUCGUAAAUUAGAGAACCCACCCGCAUUGCGUUCUCCUUUUAGUUUGGAUUAAUUGAGUGACCAAAUUCUGCAGGCAACGUUACAUAAAUAAAAUUAUUGUUCAGUGAAUGGUUUGAUUGAUUGAUAAUUAGAAAAUUCAUGAAUAGCUCAGCUAAGAGUUGCAAUUAAUGCAUUCAACUGCUAAAACCAGUUUAAAUGAAAAAUAGACAAGAUUUUGAAGGAUUUUAAUUAAAUUUUUCUCAGUCCCAAUUGCCUUUUUCUUGAAAUUAUAGCCCCGGUUUGGAAAUCAAAUUUAAGACGGUGGAAACCUCAGGGAACCAGGUUUGAAAAGUGUAUUUAUUGUAGCGAGAAGCACAGAGCAGCUAUACAACAAUAAUGAUGUGUACACGUAGGAAUCUACACGGAAAACUUUCGCGAACUCCACAAGAGUUAUCGAGCCAUUUGACCAUCUUCAUUAUACUGAUUCAAUGUAUUAAAAAUUAUUUAAAUCAAAACCAAAUUUCCCCGGCAUUGCAUUUUGUCUUCGAAAUUUCUCAUUUAAUUUUUCUACCCCACAUAAACCUGUUCUGGAACCUGCAACCAUCAUCGGCGUCUUUGAACCCACAACUGCUACACCUGCCUGCUCCACCUGCACCUGUCACGAACCGACUUGCCUGCCUACCUGCACCUGUCACGAACCAACUUGCCUGCCUACCUGCACCUAUCACGAACCAACUUGCCUGCCUAUCUGCACCUGUCACGAACCUGCCUGCUCAAACUCCUCCAAUAUCCCAUGUUGGAGGUGUAUCUGAUCAUCAAAUUUUUCCCGUGUGUCGCAUCCUCAAGUCCCGUAACCCGUGCGUCGCAUCCUCAAGUCCCGUAACCCGUGUGUCGCAUCCUCAAGUCCCGUAACCCGUGUACCGCAUCCUCAAGUCCCGUAACCCGUGUGUCGCAUCCUCAAGUCCCGUAACCCGUGUACCGCAUCCUCAAGUUCCUUAGCCCCUGACCGUAUCUUGGCUACAUACGGGAAAAAACUCCGCCGCAUUUUUAACCAAAAAACUUCCCGCGUUUAAAUGUCAAUACUUUCUUAUUGAAAAAACCUAAUAUUUCUCGUAUGCUCGUGCACUUCACUUAUAAUUUUCUAUCCGUGAGCGGCUGAUUAGGCGACAUUUACUUUUUGGAAAGAACCUUACCGUCCUGUGCUUGACAACCUAUUUUUCUGUAUGUUGGUCUGAGCAAGUGAACUGCCUCAUUCCACCAUACAUCUCCUCCUAUUCGAAAUUAAAAUGCUUCCAGUUAAUUUAUACUUUUUUAUUCAUACUUUCAUUUCUUCAACCGAGAACUAUCGUAAUCCUAUGUGAAUGAUUCGCAUUCCCACGUUAAUUCACAACAGCAAGCGAGUUAUUCCCACACUUUACCCACUAAUAUACAACCGACUUGUUUCAAGAAGCGUCGAUCAUAAUUUGAUUACUUGUUGUUUUUUCUGUCACUCUUAACUCCAUUGUUUUUAAAAGCACACCGAUCGUAUCUUACCACAUACUACCGGAAGAAUUUUUAACACCCCUUCUAGACCUCGCCUUCAAAAAUCUUCAUACAACUAGCCUCAUGCGUAAUGUUCAGAAGGUUUUAUCUUCCAAUAAUCACAUUCGUUCCAUUCAUUCACUGCAAACGUAAUAUUUCCGAACUAUUGAAUCGCUUUCCAUAUUGUCUUUGUAACCAGGACGACUGACGGUGAUGGUGAUGAAAUCCGAAUAAUUAUGCUAAGAUAUACGAUUAAUUGGUUCUUAAAUCAUGUUUUAAACUGUAAUUAGUAAUUACAGAGUUUAUGGAGCUAAUGACAGGUUGAUAAAAUGACUAAGUACAGAGGAUCGCAGCAUGCAGAAAUUUGUCAGACACGCAGCCUUAUGUAGUUUGUCGUAAGAGUCCAGAACAGCGGACGUUUAAGCGCAAAACGACAAUAUCGCGAAUACACAUUCGAGCAAUGCUUCAUUCUAGGUACUUAAGAUUUAACUUGCAUUUUCUGGAAAAAAACACUCAAAUUUGCAUAUGAAAUGUAGAUCAUGUUAGUUUUAUGUAAUCGAGAGUCUAAAAAAAUACGCUAUGUUCAGAUAGUACUUGACGUAAAAAUUUUUCAUUGUUGAAUAUUACGCUACAAUAAAAAUUAAUGACUAACCCUGAUCAUAAUUGAGUGACAUUUUUGAGUUUUCGGAAAGCGUUUCUCUGGUAGUUCAGUUCCGUUCCGCUUGAUUGGUUUUAAUGCAUUAUAAUUGUUGAGACUGAGUCUUCGUUCGAGAGCAAACCAAAUGUAUACGCGACAAGUCGCCAUCUGACGCAAUCUCAAUAACAUGAUCUUUUAUCCAAUAUCCGAACAUCAGAUACAUUCAAAGUGCGAACAUCAGAUACAUUCAAACUGUUGUAGAGUAUAUAAGGCAAAGAAAGCUCUAUUUCACGCUAUAAGCUCGACUUUCAAUAAACACUUCAGAUUGAAAUUUAGGCUAUAGAGACAUCACACAAAAGUUUCUAGGUUUUAAUGAACAAUAUCGUCAUUACGAAUAAAUUUGUUAUCAAGCUAAAUAUGUAUGACCGUCAUCAUGAGAGUUUUCUAACUGGAAUUUUUCUGUAGGAAUGAGAUACCGCAGUUUAUUUAUAGUAAGUACGUGAAUAAGUUAUUUUAAAUGAAUAUCGAUAUAAUAGCAAAUACUAAACUUAACUCUUUUAUUCACAUUGCGGCAAUAGACUUUAGGUUGAGAUUAACACUUGCAACGAAAGAUUUUUUUGUUUAAGUUCUUCCGCACUGGCUGAGGAGGGAUAAUUUUGUGUUGGCCCUAACAAGCGUCUUCUCAUUACAUUCUAUAAUGUCGA